AUGGGCGCGCGCGGGCGGCGGACCGGCCGGGCCGCCGCUGGCCGCGGGCUGCCGGCCCGCCUGCGGCGCUGGGCGCCGCCGGGCGCCGGCGCCCGCCCGGGCCCGCGGCUGGCCCCGGGGGCGUCUGCCGCCGGCUGGCCGCCCGGCGCCCUCCCGAGGCGCGUGUUGGCCGGGGCGCGCCCGCGCGUCGUUCGCCCCGCCGCCCGCGCGGCCGGCCGCGGCGGGCCGGCGUCCCGGGCCCCCGGUCCGGCCCCGGCGCGCGCGCGCUGGCGCCCGCCCGGCGCGGCCCGCGCGCCGCCGCCGGCGCGCGCGGCGGCCGCGCGCCGAUCUCCCCGUGGGGAGCGUGCCCUCGGCGCCCGCUGGCGCGAGCCGGGGCCGCGCCGAGCUGUUCGCGAGGCCCGCCGGCUGCCGCCCGGGCCGGGUCACGCGCGCCGGGGGGCGGCGCGGGCCCCGCUGGCCCGGGGCGGCAGCGCGGGUCCGGCGGGUCCUCGGCCCUGGCGCCGUCCCGCCGGCCCGCUCCGCGCGGCGGGCCCGGAGGCCCGCGGGCGGGCGCCCGGCCCGGCCGCCGCCGGCGCGCCUCCGCCGCGGGGCCGCGGCGCGUCCCCGGGGCGGCGGCGCCGCGCGGCUGCGCCGCGGCCGCCGCUGUCGGGCGGCCCCGGCCACGCCCUCGGCCCCGACCCGGGCGGGGGCCCCGGUCGCACCGGGCCGGCGUGCUGCUCCGCGCAGCUCGCCCGGCGCGCGGCCCCCCGCGCCGGCCGCCGCGCCUGGCCGUCGCGCCCGCGGGGCGCUCGGGGGGCCGGCCGCCGGCCGCCCCGCGGGGCGCGCUGGGCGGCGGGGCCGGGGACCCGGCUCGCGGGCUGGCCGCCCGGGCGCCCCGCGCGGCCUGGUCUCCUGCUGCGCCCCGGCCGGCCAAUCCGGCCCCCGCCCAGCGCCGGGUCCGCGCGCGCGGCGCGCCGCGCCUGGGCCGCGCCGGGCCGCGCCUCGCCGGCACGCCCGGCGCGCUCGUGCGCCCCGCGGCGCGCUGGCCGGGCUCGGGCGGCGGGGCAGCGCCCCGGGGGCCGCGGCCGGUCGCGCCGCGCGCCGCGCGCCCGCGCGGCGCCCCCUCCCGGCGCGCGGCGGGCCCGCCGCGCGCGGCCGACGCGCGGGUCGCGCGGCCCGCUCCCGCGAACCCCUCGCGCCGCCGUGCGCGCCCCCGGAUGGCCGGCCCCGCCGCCGCCGCCCGUGGCCCGCGGCGCGCGGUCCCGCGUGCACGCCGGUCGCCGGGCGGCCGAGGCCGCGCCGCCGCGCCGGGUCGCCCAGGCGGGGGCCGCGUCUCUCCUGGCGGCCGCGCGGGCCGCGGGCGCUGCGCGGGGCGGGGGGCGCUCUCGCGGGGCCCGGGCCGCCGGGCCCACGGUGGCGGGGAGCCCCCGCGUCGGUCCCGCGCGCUCGGCGCCGGCCGCUGGGCCGCGAGGCGCCUCCGCGGUGCCUCGCGGCCCCGUCCGCGCCGGCCCGCGGUUGGGCCCGGCGCCGCGCCGGCGGUGGGCCCGCCGCGGCGCGCUGGCUUGCGGGGGGCCGGGCGGCCGCCGUCGCGGCGCCGCCCCGGGCCGCGGCAGUCGCGCGCGCGGUCGCGGCUGGGCGGCCCGGAGCGCGGGCGGGCCGCGGUGCGCCCGCCGGGCGGCACGGGCCGGGCUCGCGCCGCCGCGGCGCGGCCGCGCCGGCGGGCGCCCGGCCCGCGCGCCGCCGCCGCGUCCCGGGCCGGGCUGCGCGGGGGGUGGCGCCGGCCGCCGCCCCUCCUCGGCGUGCGCGGGGGCGGCGGCGCCGCGCGGGCGUGGGUCCCCCCCGUCGCGUGGCCGGGCGCUCGCCCGGCGCCUGCCCGCCGCCCGAGGGGUGGGCCGGUCUGGCCGGCCGGCCCGCUCGCACGUCGCGCCGCAGGGGGCCCGCGGGCCCGCUGCGGGUGCCACCGCCCGGCCCGGGCGGCGGCGCGGCGCGCCGGUGCGGGGGCCCGCGCCGGGGCGUCGCGGGUCCCCGCGCCGGCCGGGCGCCCGUGGUAGGUGCGGGCGCUCCGCGCGCCGGGGCGCGGCGGGGGGGCGGGGGCGGGCGCCCGCGUGCGCCCGUGGCGGCGCCGCCCCGGCCCUCGCUCGCCGCGCGCCCGGCGCGCUCGGGGCGCUCGCCGGUCCCGCGCGCGCGCCCGCGGGCGCGCGCGCGCCGCUGCGCCGCCCUGGGGCCUCCUUCCUCCGGGCCCGUGGCCCCGGGCCCGCGGCCGGCCUGGCGCUUCCCUGCCGCGCCGGGCCCUACGCGCGCCGCGCCCGCUGGCGCCGGCCGUGGCGCCCCCGCGGCGCGCCCUCGGGGGCGCGGCCGGCCCCCUCCGGGGCCGGCGCCCCGGGCGCUCCGGCUCGCGCGCCCCGGCGCCCCGCGCCGGUCUGCGCGCGCGGUAGCCGGGACAUCUGGUCCUGUUCUCUUGCCCUCAGCCAGCCACGAGACCCACACGCGCGCGCGCCGCGCAGCGCCGCGCUUGCGGCCCGCGCCGACGGCCUUUGGAAGCGCGGGCGGCGGGCGGGGGCGGGGCGGGGGGCGGGGGGGGGGCCGGGGGGGCGGGGCGGCGCGGGGGUGGGGGCGGGGGCGCGCGGCGGGGGGGCGCCGGGCGGUGGGCUGCGGCCGGCGGGUGGGGGGGCGCGGCGCGGGGGAAACCGCGGAGCUGCUCUUUCUCGCUGCCUCUGUUUGUUCUCUCUCCACGCCCCGCCGAGCGCACAGACUCGCCUCGGCGGCGACAGGGUUCCGGGCGGGGGGGGGCGGCGCAUGACACCUCCUCUGUUCCUCGCUGUUUCGUCUUUUCGCGCCGUCUGUGCUCUGUUGUCGUCGUCGGUCUGGGCGGGCCUUCUUCGGGCUCUCGCGUCGUCUGUGUUUCCUCGCCCUUGUUGCGGCGCGCACCCUGUCUUGUCUCGGCGCCUCUGGGGCUGCCGCGUCUGCUCUCCUGUCCUUGCCUGCGCCGUCCGUGGCGGCGCAUGCUGUCCUGGUGUGCCAGGCCGCGGUGGCGCGCACUUCGUGUCACGCUCACCUUGGGUCUCACCGGCGGGGGCCCGCGGCGGGGGCGGGCACCGCCGAGCAAGCACAAACCUCUGCUUGGCGCUGCUCGGAGCACCAUUUCCGGGGUGUCAUCUGCUGUCGUCUGGUCGCGUCCCGCGCCCGCCGCGCGCUCGCGACCCGGGCCCCGGCCGGCGGCGCCCGCCCGUAGGCACUCAUCGCACGGCUGGCUCUGCAUCGCGCGUCGCCGCGUGGGGUCGCGCGCGCAGGCGCGGCGGCUCCUUCUCCUCUCGUCCUCGGGGCGGUCGGUCUCGCCUCUGA